AUGAUUCUUUCAAUCUAUUUAGUUAUCUCAGGCACAUUAUGUUUCUUUCACUGGGCAAACUCUCAGUUGCAACCUCAACCCCUCCUUCUUAUCUCCCUAGAUGGGUUCAGGUGGGAUUUUGCCUCCAAGGCCCAUACACCGUACUUGGAUUUCCUUAAGAAGACUGGCGUAACUGUUCCCUAUGUACGAUCUGUCUUCCCGACUGUGACUUACCCAGCACAUUACAGCAUUGUGACCGGUCUCUACCCAGAAAGCCACGGAAUUGUAGGUAAUACCAUGUACGACCCAGAUCUUAAGGCACGUUUUGGAGGCGCCAAUACAGAUCCACGGUGGUGGGACGGUGCAGAACCAAUAUGGGUGACAAACCAGCGCUACAACGGUAGGAGUGCUGUACUGUACUGGCCCGGGUAUAAUGUGAAAAUCAAGGGGAUGUAUCCGUACUACCGGGAGACCUCCCCAUCGUCAAACAUCGACACAAGAAACAAAACAGGGAGGGUUGUGUCUUUCGAAAGACGUGUCGAGAAGAUGAUGAGUUGGUUGACCGGUCCAAAUCCACCUAAUUUUGUCGCCGUGUACUUUGAAGAGCCUGAUCAUAUUUGCCACUCUGUUGGAUGGGAUGGGAUACCAAAAACCAUUCAGCAAAUCGACAGAGUUAUUGGUUUGAUUGUAGAGGGAUUGAAAUAUCACGGGCUCCUAAACUCUGUGAACAUCAUUAUCACAGCGGAUCACGGCAUGGCAAACACUUCAUGGAACAAAGUUAUUGACCUUGAUAAACACGUGAACCCAAACACUUAUGAUUUCUGGGAUUCUUGGUUUAAUAUGCUGCUUGCACCGAAACUUGGAAAAGUUGAUUACGUUUACAAUCGUCUGAAAAAUGUUCCGCAUUUACAUGUUUACCACAAAUAUGACGUUCCGAAAGAUUUGCACUUUAGGAACAACCGGCGUAUUUCACCUCUUGUGCUCGUGCCAUCAGAAUGCUGGAGUCUGAGUUCAAAGAAAGGUCGUUAUUUAGGCCGCUCGAGUCGAUGGGCGAAGCUCUCUCACGGUUUCAGCUGCAAUUGCCAGACGAUGUCCACUGUGUUCAUCGCACACGGGCCCGCAUUUAAAGUCAACCAUAUGGGAAGACCGUUUGAAUUAGUCAAUCUGUACCCAAUGAUGUGUAAACUUCUAGGAAUCCAGCCUCUGCCAAAUAAUGGUACUUUGGCUGCCACUGCUGACCUACUCGCGCCACAGAAACCAUUUUAUUAUUUCAAAUAA